AUGUCGUGUUUUGAAGAUAAGAAGCUAAAAAACUCAAGGGCCCAGAUACUCAAGGCAGACGUGGCUGGAUUCGCGAAACUAGAUGUCGCUGGAGAAAGCGCCGUCAGCCUCUCUGAAGCUGCUGCCUUUAUAGUCUUCCUGGGCCACCCACAAGGAAAGCUGCGACGACAGAUUUAUCCUGAAAGGGGAGGGGCGGCGGAGACCGCGCCACCGCUCCCUCGAGCAGUGACGCGGCUCCGCCGCCCAAUGGAUACGCGUAUCAUGGACUACGCUCAGAGGACAUGUACGGCGGCCGACUUGUGGGUGGCCCAGGAAGACUAUAAAGGCAGCAGCUUCAGAGAGGCUGACGGCGCUUUCUCCAGCGACAUCUAG